UUUCAGAAGAUUUACUUUAUUGUCAACUCUUUUGUUUUAUAGAUGAGUGCAUCCAAACCUCAGGAAAGUGGUGAGGUGAGAUUAGGACACUCACUGAAUAAGAAGGAGGAAGAGUUUGUAGCCAAAAGGAAAAACACAGUUCUGCAAUGCCUGCAGAGGUUUAAUAUACACUGCAGUCAGGAUAAAGUGCCAAACAUUGCAUUACUGGGUUCUGGAGGAGGACAAAGAGCCAUGGUGGCUUUGCUGGAAUGCCUGGUUCAGCUUGAUAAAGCAGGUCUUCUGGACUGCAUCCUUUAUCUGAGUGGCGUCUCUGGAGCCACCUGGUGCAUGGCCUCCUUAUACAAAGAACCAAACUGGUCCACCAAACUAGAGACCGUGAAAGACAAUAUCAUCAAGAGACUUGGUGGACCAGGAGUCAGCUGGGACGACAAAUCAGCCAAAUUGAAGAAAUAUUACACAAAAGACUUCUUCAGCUUGACUGACCUCUGGGCAGUGCUGUUUGUCACAUCAUAUGUGAAAGAGAUCGAUGAACAAACACUCACAGAUCAGCGGGACCAGCACAAUGAAGACCCGUAUCCCAUUUACGCAGUGAUCGACAAGCAAUGCAAAAGGCGUGAAGAAGGAGACCCCUGGUUUGAGAUCAGUCCACAUGAAGCAGGUUAUUCCCUCACUGGAGCCUUUGUGGACACCUGUGACUUUGGCAGCCAGUUUGACAACGGCUUAAAGAAAAAACACCAGGAUGAAAUGGACAUGCUGUACCUGCAAGCUAUGUGCAGCAGUGCUUUAGCUGAUGGAGAAGCGACCUGGAAAUGGAUAAAGGCUAUUUCAGUGCCUGAAAUAAAAUCAGUAUUCGACAAAAUGGACCACGGAAAGGAUCACACUGGAGAAAACACCUCGAAAACCACUCAGGAGUCUGUCGGUGAAGACGAAUGUUACCAGGAGCUCUUGAACCCUGUGAACGCUGACCCUUCUGCCAUUGUGCAGUCCUCCAAAACAAAGCUGACCGACUUUUUUGGAGGCCAAAAGCAGUUUGGUCAAACUGCUGAUAAGCACAAAAAAAUUGCCAGAUGCAUUACUCAGAGGAUCUGGGGCAAGAAUUAUAACUUCCUCCACAACAUGACAGAUGAAUCAGUGCCAGCUGCUCUUUUGCAAAAAGAGACGAGAGAUCUUAUAGACGCCGGACUGUUGAUCAACUCACCCUACUUGUCAAUGCUGAGAAAAGAACGAAACAUUGAUCUCUUCAUUGCUCUGGAUUUCAGCGAUGGAGAUCCUUUCACGACAGUGAGAGAAGCUGCUAAAACAUGCAAGAAACUAAACAUCCCUUUCCCUGAAGUCAACAUUCCCAGUGAUGAAGGAAAGAAACCAAAGGACUUCUAUGUGUUCAAAGGCCAAAACGUUCCAACCGUGAUUCACAUGCCUCUGUUUAAUGUGGUCAACUGUGGAGAUAAGCCUGGUGAUUGGAGAAAGAAAUAUGGCAUCUUAAAAGGUCCUUACAGCCCUGAGAUGAUCACUGAAGUUAUGGGGGUCGCUGGAACAAACAUUUCAAACAACAUAGAGAAACUGCUGGAGCAGAUUCUUGCAGUCGCUGAGGCUAAAUGAUUCCAGGCACGAAUAUGGACUAUAUUACAAGAAAUUAAAAUUGAGGUUUUCUAAAUGCAUUUUUGAUCUUAUUGUAAAUUAUUCAUGUUUUUUUUCUCUUCUUCUAUACUCAGAUUCUCUCUGGUGAUGCGGGAUGUGUGGCAUUAUAGUCCUGUUUGGACUAUAUUUCU